UUAGAGCGCAGGCGGGAGGCGGGAGGCUCGCUGAGGCUACCACUAGGUGACGUCACGGUGACGGUAGUUGACUGUUGACUGUGUGAGAGAGAGGUUGUGCCGCGCUGUGACUUGGGAUGUUCUAUAAAGUUAGUUUUAAUGGAUUUUUCUGCAUAGAUAUUAAGUGAAGCAAGCCUCAGUGUGGAUACUAAACGCAGUGAGUGUUUGGUGAGGUGCUCCAGGCGGCCGUCCAUCCAACCCUGCCACCAAACAUGGGCAGACGACAUUUGGUGACGGGCGCGGCGGUGACGGCGCUGCUGCUGGCAUGCCUAUCGGGAACAGCUUCAGGGUUUUCCCAAGGGUCACCAGACACCACCUGCAGAACCAUGGAGCCCCUGCAUGGUGUCUCUAGGCAGAUCACACCAGCACCUUUCACCAUCACGCCCUCAGUCGUUGAGAUCGAGGGCGGAAAGCAGAUGGAGGUGACCCUGGAAGCUGGUCAGGGAACGUCCUUCAAAGGGUUCCUGGUGGAAGGGCGGAGCGCCGAGACUCAGGACGUGGUGGGGACUUUCUUCACAGAGGACCACAAAUACCUCAACUGUGACAACGGCGUGAACAAUGCAGUCACUCAUCGAGGACCAGCAGCGAAGUCCAAAGUAGCAAUCAAGUGGGAACCUCCAUCAGACUUCUCCGGCGAUGUUGUCUUCACUGGAUCCUUUGUGCAAGAGAGGACAGUCUUCUGGGUGGGUGUCACCUCAGAGAAGGUCACAGUCAAGAGGUCAGCCCCUGCACCUCCAGUCCCAGAAACCACCACCACCACCUCUACCACCACCUCCACUGCUAGCACACCUGCUGUAAGCCCUGCCUCUGAGAUAGAUCUUAAGGAGAAUGCAGGUGAUGUGGUGAUAAAUGUGGUUGAGGCACCUAGUGGAGUCCUAAAAAAUGAUACCAGUGUGGUUACUCCUGAAGGUGACUCUUCUCCCUCAUCUCUAUCUCCCACUUCCCCCUCAACUCCCAUCCUGACUCCUUCUGAGGUUAGCACAGUAAGUAGUGAUUCUAGUGUAGGUGAAGGUGAAGAAGAAGCAGAGGAGACACCAUUACCAGACAUCACCACCCCAAAGUCCAAGCCAAAGCCCAAGCCUGGCCCGAAGCGCAAGUUUGGGUUACUAGGACGUCGUCGGACCACCACCACUACUGCUGCCCCAAGUACCACCACCACCACCACCACUACCACUUCCCAGCCCAAGGGCGAGGAGAAGUUGUCACCAGAAGUUGCCAGUCUGGAGAGGGAUCUCAUCAACAUUUAUGAUGACUGUGGCAAUAGCAAGGGCUGCUUUGGCUUUCCUGCAGAGUGUGAAACAAACAAAAAGUGUACUAUGUUGGUGACAUACUCCAAGGUAUCUUCUGGCUACAAGUUUGAGAUCGUCGGUAGCACCACCACAGGCUAUGUGGCUGCUGGCUUAUCUGAUGACGAGAAGAUGGGUGGUGACAGUGUGAUGGCCUGCCUGGCAUCUGCAGGAGCUAAUUCAGGCCCAGAUGUUGUCAUGGCUUUCAACAAUGGCAGAAACAAUGAGAUGCUUGUGGAGAAAAAGUACGGCUUGAGUGACAUACAAGCAGCAGUGGUGAAUGGCCAAGCAUACUGCACGUUUGUUCGGGAUGCUUCCACUGAAAUCUCUGGGAUUGUGUUUGACCUUGAUAAAGACCGCUUCCAUCUCAUGGUGGCCACUGGACCUGUCAACCCUAAUGGACUAAGCUACCAUGACAAACGCACUGUUUCAUCAGGGACAGUUGCACUAGACUCUUUUGAGACAGUUGAGGUUCGCAGUGACCUCUUCCGCACCCUCCAUGCCUGCUUCAUGGUGGGUGCUUGGAUAUGUGCUGCCUCUUGUGGCAUCAUUGUGGCUCGCUACUUUAAAAAGACCUGGCUAAAGAGUCGCUCUUGUGGCAUCGAUCAGUGGUUCCAUCUUCAUAGAUUCUUCAUGGGCCUCACCUGGUCUCUGGUUAUAGCUGGCGUGGUCCUCAUCCUAUAUUACCUCAAUGGAUGGAAAGACCUUGAUUCCCGAAACACAGAACAUGCUAUUUUGGGUGUUGUGUCCACAGGCCUGUGUUUCAUCCAGCCCUUCAUGGCACUGUGCCGAUGCAGUCCCACACACAAGCGUCGGCCAGUAUUUAAUUGGCUCCACUGGUUUGUUGGCAAUUCAGCUCAGAUUUUAGGCAUUGCUGCAAUCUACUUUGGCUUUGGGCUGAUUGGUGCUCCUACAUGGGUGGUGUUCAUCCUCAUCAUCUUUGUAGCCUUCCAUUGUCUUGUACAUCUCCUCCUCUCAAUUGGGCAGUGCAUCAGUGACUCUAGAGCAGAAUCCAGUAGCAAUGUGUACCCCAUGAAGGAGCUGAAUGGCAGUCGCACUCCACUUCAGCCCUCUGAGAAGAACACAGAUGCCCCAGGUGCUGGCUUCCGCAAGGUGAUGCUGUUCUUCUAUUUCCUGGGGAAUUUCCUCAUCACUGCAGCUCUCCUCCUUGUCAUCACAGUGGAUGAAAAGACACUCAAGGAAUGGGGACUCAUCUUCUGGGAGUAAUGAGUGCCGGAUUUGAGGGAGACCUAUACAUACAGGAUGGAGUGAUCUGAGUGGGCAAUUUCUUGAGUUACCGUUUUUGUGUUUGUGGAUUCUAAACAAAUAGAAAGCAUGGAACUGCAUCAAUGUGUGUGUUUCCAGGACAUACUGCACUGCCAGACAGGUUAAGGGGAGAGAAUGAAGAAUAUAAGUUUUAGCUGCCCAAAGCCUGAUUGGGAAGUGCAGUACUGUAUAAUAUAACAGUAGUAGAGAGAAUGUAUACCUCACUUAUGCCUGAUGCUACUGAUUCCAGUCAUAGUGCUCCAUUUCUUGUGCCUAUUAGUGUGAGAAUAUUACAAUAUAUGAAAUUUGUAUUCUGCUUUAGACAGUUCUGCUCUGUGUGGAAAAUACUCAGCAGUGAAAAAAAUAAAACAUGUUGAUCACUAAAACAUUUAGUAUUGAUACUUUCUGAAGGAUUAGGACAAUUGUGGCAGUUAGACCUGAACUUUCAUUUUGGAGUUGUGUGGUAAUCCUCUUAUUCUCAAUUUAAUCCUUUAUGUCAUGUACAGUACUGUCAUUGUAUCCUAUCGUUUCACUGCUUUUAUCCUCUCACAUCUUCCAUAGGCCAAAUAAUUGAACAUACUUCAGUCUUACCACUAUAAUGUCACUUUCCAAUAACCUUACCAGAGCCUUACCUUAUCACAACAUGCACACCUCUGUGUGUUUGCUGUAUACUAAAAUCAGAUUUAUUCUCAAACAUGUAUUUUUUUCUUCUUUUUAAUUAUAUGUAAGUUGUUAUAUGAACAUUCCCUUUGUAGGUGAGGCAGAGCAGAUCACUUCCUCUUCCUUCACUUACAUCUAAAAUACUAGAGUGGCUGAAGCUGCUAAUUUACAAGCCUUCAUGUAGCACUUGUAGACUAGCAAAGUGAAGGAAAAGGAGUAUGCUAUGCUGUCUCACUUCAUCCCACAGAAAGAUCUAGACAAAAGUGGAAGCAUAAUACAUAUAUGAAUAUUUUUAUAUGAAUGUCUAUAAUAUUUUUAGUACAUAUUAAUAGAUAAGGUUGAAUUCAAAGUGCACAGCUCAAAAGGUUGUUGACAUGAAAUGGAGAAGUAACAUUUUUAGAGCGAUUCAUUCCUUGUCAACUUCUGUCCUCACCCCCAACAUAACAUUAUAGCAGCAAAAUAAGCCAUACACACACUAGUCCACUACAGUGCUUCAACAUAACACUGACACAGAAGGAAAUUGCAUCUCGAUAUCAAAACAUACACUAUAUUCACAUCUAUAUGUUGACAUCUUUUGUAUUAGCAUAAGAACUUCUAUUCAGAUGUUUACCACCUUCACUUCCACCAAACAUCUAGCUGAGAAAAUCCUGAGAAAAUAGUAAUGUACUUAACAUUACUUAGUUGAGAAAUAGAGCUUAGGUAUUGUCACAUGUAGUAUGUAAUACUUUCUUGUGCCACUACAAAAGACAUCUUAUGAUAGGUGUGAAAUAAUACUUCAGAUACCAAAAAUUUAUUUGUACCUUUGUCUACAGCAACAUACCUCCAGUUCACAACUCAACUACUUUGCUACAGCACACACAGCACUGCUUCACUAAGUAUUCUGUUACAGAUCUUGUCAUGUAUAAUCUCUGUAAAUCUCACUAGAGCUCAACACUCAAUGGUUGUUUCAGUUUUCAAAUUUGUGGAAACCGUAUGCAUUUUUAAGUCUUUUACUCUCAUUUUGUGUAAGUUUUACAGACGUGUAUUUAUGAAACAUUAUUGUGUGGGUCUUUACUCAUUACCUGUAUAUACUGUAUGUUGAAUUUGUAAUUAAACAAAACAGAUAUGCAAUGUAUUUAUAUGUCAAAUAGUGUCUAUAGUUUGUGUGGUGUUUGUAUGCACCUCACAAUUUGAUUUAAGAAACCUGCUGUAAACCUUCUUUAUGCAUAAUGGUGCAAAACUAGAUGUGAAUGACUGUCACUAACAGUGUUCUGGUGUAUUCACUCUAUUGAGAAUCUCUCUCUCUCUCUCUCUCUCUCUCUCUCUCUCUCUCUCUCUCUCUCUCUCUCUCUCUCUC